AAACAGAUAAGAACGAAAACUGCUCCUAACGUUGUGUCCCGCUCGAUCUCGUCAUCGUUCCCCUCCCCACUCUCUCUCUCUCUCUCUCUCUCUCUCUCUCGAUCAUUCGCUCCUCCACGCAAAAAGGAAACCCUAAACGGAAACCCUAAUUUAUUUAGGGUUUUACAUGAGGGAUUGAUUGAGGGGAAAGAAACAGAAAAAAGACAGUAUAUAUAUAAGAAGAAAAAGAUGCGGCCGAGUUGGUCGCAGAGCUCGCUAGGUUUUCUUCUCAAGUUCUUGAACUAUCUCCAGAGCUUCGUUGGGGUCUCCAUCGUUUUAUACUCCGUGUGGCUGCUUAGCUUGUGGCGUCGCCGCAGUUCCGAUCUCCAUGAGCCUACAAUCCCAUGGCUUGUGUGGACUUUGAUGGGUUUUGGAAUUUUGGUGUGUUUGAUCACUUUUGUGGGUCUAAUCUCUGCAGGAGCAGGCAAUGGUUGCUUCCUCUGUUGUCCAGACCAAUUUCAGUAUGCUGCACUGAUAGUUACACUCAUUCUACUAGAAGCAGCUUCGGUGGGUUGCAUAGUUUUCAACAAACAAUGGGAACAGAGUUUUCCCCAUGAUGCUACUGGAGAACUGAAGAGAAUUCGCGCCUUUAUCGAUGACAAUCUCGAUUUCUCUAUCUGGGUUUCUGUAAUUGUGGUGGUUGUUCAGUCUUUCAGCGGUCUUGUUGUAUCAUAGAGGUGAUUUGCUGGU